CUAAAAGCUCAUUUCGCAGCAGCCUCUUUUCGUUUAGCCACUUGGAUCGAACCGAGAAGAAGAGCGAAACUCGAAUUCACAGAACCAUGCCGCCGAAGUUGGACCCGAGCCAGAUCGUCGAUGUGUACGUACGUGUAACCGGAGGAGAAGUCGGAGCCGCCAGUUCCUUAGCUCCAAAGAUCGGUCCCCUCGGUCUCGCACCUAAGAAGAUCGGAGAAGACAUCGCGAAAGAGACGGCGAAGGAAUGGAAAGGACUCCGUGUGACCGUGAAGCUGACGGUUCAGAAUCGUCAGGCUAAGGUGACAGUGGUGCCAUCCGCUGCAGCCCUGGUCAUCAAGGCGUUGAAGGAGCCAGAAAGAGACAGGAAGAAGGUGAAGAACAUUAAGCACAAUGGUAACAUCUCAUUCGAUGAUGUGAUUGAGAUAGCUAGGAUAAUGAGGCCUAGAUCUAUCGCCAAGGAGCUGAGCGGGACUGUGAGGGAGAUUCUUGGAACCUGCGUCUCUGUGGGAUGCACUGUUGAUGGGAAAGACCCCAAGGAUCUUCAGCAGGAGAUUCAAGAAGGUGAUCUCGAUAUUCCUGAGAAUUAAAAAAAAAAUGGAACAAUGGGAAUUUGAAAUGCUCUUGUUAUCUCAUCUUCUAUCCUUUUACCCUAUUUUGUUUUUGUUUGGGAACUUAGCUGCUAUCAUCUUUCACUUAGAAUGACUCAAGUUUUGAAUUAUUGUGUUAUGUUUCGAAUCCCCAAUGGUUCUUUUCUAUCAUCGCUAUUCAAUUUCUGCUUCUGCU